UAGAAAUCCAACUCUGGUCGAUGCUGGUAGAGCUGACGAACUUGAGAGCUCUCUCACCAAUGCAUGCAGAGCCCCGAGGCAUCACAAUUCGACGAGCUACAACAACCAAAUCCCAGACGGUCUGCAAUGGGUAGCACGGUCCAAGCUGGUAUGCAAGCACUGGGCUCGCAUGCUGGAUGAUCCGAGUUUCAGGUUCCUGUGGAGACAAAAUGGUCACUCUCAAACAAAAACCGUGUUGUUACUGCACCACCGACUUGAUGAACCUACUCGGUACUUGCGAUAUCAUCUUCGAGCUGGCCUCGAAAUGAACCAGUCAUAAAAGAGCUGCCGGAUUCUUGGGAAUCUCGGUUUGCACCCGAAGCUUCUGUGCCAUACCUUUCUCACGGCGGCCUCGUCUUAUGCGACCGGAGGAAGAUCUUCGUCAACAAGAAGCAUUUCCUGGUGGGGAAUCCACUGACGCAGCAAUGGGUCCAGGUCCAUCCUAUCGACAGUUUUUUCGACAACUGCACACAGGCGCUGGCGACGUAUGUCAGUGACGGCAAGCAAUUCUUCCGGAUCUCGCUUUCCCCGUACGUGUUUGACUCGAGGCUGGGUAUUAGGACACUUCCUCGCUACCAAACGGUUUGCCUGACGUCUCUCAACACGGUGUUCAUCAGUACUAUCUCAGUUACUUCUCGCACCACUCCGCACUUGUGCUGCUCCAGAUCGAAGAUGUGGCGGAGUUUAGCGGAUCCAAAUGGAGUUUAGUGGAGUGCUGUGGAUAGCUCUUCGACAUGCUGUGGGAUACAUGAUUCUAAAGCUGUGGUCGCGGUGCUGGACAGAGAAAAACAACCAUGGACGUGGAAAGAGGUGGCAACUUUAGAGGGCAACAUUCACAGCUGGGACUUUCGCAAGUGCUGUACGCAUGGAAGCCUUACGUUUGCGGUUCUGUCGAUGGGAGUGGCUUGAGGAGGCUUGGAACAUGUUGUGUCCGUGGAUAUUUUGGGACUCACGGGAGUAAAACGCUACCUCAAGAUACUUCACUUGCAGUUCGUACCAUCAAAAAGCGAACUCACUCGGACGGGCAGCUGUCCCAACUAGCAGUCGUAGUUAUAGAUGAGCUUCAUAUGGUUGGAGAUAAAGAGAGAGGUUAUUUGCUAGAACUAAGCUACGAUAUGCGGCCGGUAAAGGUGACUAUGAAAGCAGCAACACGACGGCCCCACGAGCUUGCAAAUUAUAGGAAUGAGUGCAACGAUGCCUAAUGUAGCAGCCGUUGCAUCAUGGCUUCAGGCUGCAUUUUAUGAGACUAACUUUCGCCUCGCCCGGUUCCUUUAGAUGAACACAUUGAAGUCAUUUACGAUACUAGUAUGAAUACUGUUCGUGCUCUAAAAGCAGGCUCUGAACUUAGCGGCAAGGAUCCAGAUCACAUCGUCCAUCCAUGCCAUGAGGUGGUUAGUAAGGCCAUUCUGUGCUUUUGUUUUGUUCAAGUCGUCAUGCCUGCGAAACCACUGCCCGACGAGAUACAGGCAAAUGGCUGGAAGAGCAAGAAGAGCAGGGAUAGACACGCAUGGCGAGAGUAUAUUAAUCUGUAAAAGUGAGGAGCUUCCCAUUCUGAAAGAAGGUUGUCAACCGUUGCGGUCAUGUCUCGCCGAGGAAAAGAAUGGAAUGAUGAGAGCUCGUUUUGGAGGUGGGCAUAGGAUGUCAACCGCUCUGCACCCUUCUCAACUCUACACAGCCUUUUGAUGACGUCGUGAAGUCUGCUCAAGAUUCUUUUCUGUGCCACAAGCGACUGAUAGAGUGGGAUCAGGAGUUACAGGUCUACAAAAAUAACUCCAUUAGGAAAAGCAGCGUUUGGCAGUUCGCUCAGCCCGGAAGAAUUCUUGGUUGUCUUUGAGGAUCUUGCUAAAGCCCGUGAUAGUUUUGUUUUAGCGUCGGAUUUGCACCUUGUUUACGAGGUUACUCCUAUACACAUGGAGCUUGAACCGGACUGGGGAGUUUACUGUCAAAGAUUUGUCGAAUUGUCCUAUGUGGAUCAGGCAGUUGCUACAGUUGGGGUGACCGAGGCAUCCCUGAUGCGCAUGGCUCAUGGAGCACCAAUGCAGGGCUGUAAAAGGAGUCUAAAAGCUAGUGAGAAGGCUAGCGAGGCGAAUCAAAACUUGCGUGUGUACAGACGCUUUUUUGUGGCUCUUAUAUUGUCCAAGCUUGUUCAGGAAGUGCCGCUAAUGGACGUCUGCAGUACGUUCAAGGCUGCACGAGCUAGGUGUUUAUACAAAGCGGGCUUACGAACAGUUGAAGCUGUAGCUGAGGCUACAAUUCCUGAAUUUACAAACGCACUGUGCGAUUCUUCAUUCAAAGGACAUGUAGAUGCUGGUAUGGAUGUAUGCUGCAACGGAGCAGGGAGAAUUGUCCUGGAUCGAGCAGAAGAGACGCGCAUAGCUGCUUUCUCGGCCUUUCAAGCUCUUGGAGCAACGAUUCCCCAUUCGCUGUCGCAGUCUUUAUAUGCCAGAGUUGAGAGGCCUCGAUGGCCUCGAUCUCCAAAGCAGGACGAGAGCAAGGCCGACGUUCAUAGCACUGACAAGGAAAACCGAGCAGUAAUUAUGCAAGAAAAUGGUAACCAUGGCCCCAAUGCGUUUGGAGCAUUGCGGAAAAGAAGGCCAAGGACCCGAUCUUGCCGCUGUCACAUCAGAUCUGGAAACAAGGUUUUGAUCGAUUUCAGGACCAGUGAAAAAUUCUUGUUGUGAACAUCAUCUUUAAUUCAAAAAAGUGGUACUUCGAUCUAA